ACGCGGGGGGCGCAGCGCACGCAGCCGCCUGACCUCAGACAAGUGAGAGGGGAACUGCCUGCCCCUCCCUCUCUCCGCGCACAGCCAGCCAAGCCGCCCCCUAAGCCAGAGGAGGAGGAACAGGAGGAGGAGCGGCGCCGCGGGCGGAGCACGCGAGGCAUGGAUAGAUACCACAGGGUAGAGAAGCCUCGGAAUGACACCCCCAUCAGCCAGAAUGAGAUCAGGAUCACUACGCAGGGGAGGAUGAGGAACUAUAUCAGCUAUGGGAUGUCGUUGCUUGAGGAAAAUGGACAUGAUGAGAUUAGCAUCAAGGCCAUGGGACGGGCCAUAAAUAAGACGGUUAUGGUUGUUGAAUUGAUCAAGAGAAGGGUUGGAGGUCUUCAUCAGAAUACUGUUACUGAAUCUGUUGAUAUCACCGACACAUGGGAACCUUUGGAAGAAGGCCUUCUCCCACUAGAGACAACUCGCCAUGUAUCCAUGAUCACUGUCACACUGUCCAAGAAGCCUCUUGAUACAUCAUCUCCAGGGUACCAGCCACCUAUCCCAGCUGAAGAGGUGAAACCUGCUUUCGACUAUGAUCAUGAAGAAUCCUAUCCCCCUGGUCGUGGAAGAGGCCGUGGUGGUGGGAGAAGAGGCAGGGGAAGAGGAAUGCUCAGCAAUGGCCCCCCUCCACCUGCUUAUGGCUACAACGAAGAGUGGGAGGAGGAAGGAGAUUAUUACAACAGAGGGCGUGGGAGAGGGAGGUCGCGCGGUAGAGGAGGAAGGGGGCGUGGCUACUACGGAGGCGGCAGGCGUGGCGGCUAUGGCUAUGACUAUGGCUAUGGCGGCCGAGGCGGGUACUAUGAAGAGCAGGAUGAAUACUAUGAUGAGCCCGAAGAAUAUGGCCCGCCCCCUGGCCGUGGGCGUGGCAGGGGAAGAAGGGGUGCGGCGCCCUGGCGCGGGCGUGGUGGCCCAGGCCGUGGGCCACCACGCGGCGGCCGAGGUGGCUACUAUUAGUCGAGAAGCAUGUCAUGCCAAGUGGGUGGUGUGCUGAAGCUAGCACUGGUGUGCUUAGUUAUCCUUUAGCGUUUGCUCCCCGUGCUGUUCUGUGGAGCUCCCGGAUCUUUUCAGAUGCAACUUUGCUUCCUGCUGCUGUGCGGUGCCGUGCCUGUGCGACUCGUUGGAGCAAGUUUUUGUGGCUCGCUCGUGGUUUUGUAGCUAGGUUGGCGAGUGAAGUUACACUCGGUAGCGCAGUGUUGUUUCCCCAUCCAGACGACAUGCGAGAUUGUUUAUUCUCCUGUUAAUUUACCAACUUAUUUCGUAUGGAUGCUGAAUGCGAAGAGUUUCAAGAUAA